AUGACUCAAGCACACAAAAAUAAACAUACAUUUCUAAGCAAUUAUAUAUUUCUGUUAUUAAAAGUAUUAUAAUUUAUAAAUUUAAGAGAUCUUAGAUCAAUUAGUUUGCAAAGUAAGGGAAAUAUUUUGAGUAAGGAUCGAAGAAAUUUAUAUAUUAUAAUACUAAAAACAAUAAGAUUUGAAGAUAUUUAAUUUGAAUAACAAAUUGAAAGAGUCAAUAAUACAGUAAGAGGAAAAGUUUUAUCUGUUCAUAAUGUGGUCAUUAAAGUGAUUUUAAAAACGCAUGAACACUUUUUAAGUAAAAACUUAGCAAUGAAUACAUAUUGA